AAGCAAACGUGCUCAUUGUUGAAAGUGGAAAGAGAGAUGUUGGCGAUUGGUCAGCGCAGCUGUCGCAAGUUUGUCACUCCACUCAGCUGAAUCCCGGGCAGGUCCAGGAUAACCAGGCUUGCGCCACAGCUGGUGUGAAGUGCUGCCUUGAAAUUUAAUAUCAUAUUAAGAGGGAAAGAAGAACCAGUGAGGAUGGAGCAGCUCUUGGAAAUUAGUUUUGAUGAGGUCUCCCUGCAGUUCUCCAAGAUCUCAAUGUAUCCCCUGUUCGAUGCAGCACAUUACAUCGUCUCUGUUAUGGCACUGAAAGAACAACCAGGAGCAGUAGACGUGGCACGACGCAGCCCCUUUGCAUGCUGGAUCAGUGCUAUGAUUUACUGCUUUGGUGGAGCAGUGCUGUCGGGUCUGUUUUUGGCGGAGCCAGCACUCCUACCCUUCUCAAACACCAGUAAUAUAGUAUUGGCUUCAGUAAUCUGGUACCUUGUGUUCUACUUCCCAAUGGACCUAGUCUACAAGUUCACUGCAUUUCUGCCUCUUCGGCUGGUCCUGGCCAGUAUGAAGGAGGUAACUAGAACCUGGAAAGUGGUUGGAGGAGUAGCUCAUGCCAGAGCACGCUUUGAAGAGGGCUGGCUUGUGAUGAUCGCUGUUGGCUGGGCUAGAGGUGCAGGGGGUGGGCUGAUGUCUAACUUUGAGCAACUGGUUAGAGGAGUCUGGAAGCCUGAAACCAAUGAGCUUUUGAAGAUGUCUUAUCCUGUCAAGGUGACUCUGGUAGGAUCUGUGCUCUUCACCCUGCAACAGAGUCAAUACCUCCCAUUGGCCAAACAUCAGCUAAUGUUUGUGUACACCAUGUUCCUCGUUAUAAACAAGGUACGGAUGAUGAUCGCUCGCUCCACUACCUCUGUAUUUGCACCGUUCGAGGCCGUGUUGUACAGUCUGCUUUUCCAGUGGCAGACUGCAGUCCAAGGACCUUCUGGUGCCCCCAAGAAGGGCAUCAAGGCACGUAAAGAGACCCCCAGUGGCUCAACCGAUACAAAUGGCAAUAUUUCAGAAUCUGCUGAAGAAAGGGGAAAUGGUACAACAGUUUCCAGAAAUGGAUAUAGAAAGAAAACAGAUUGAAAACUGGCCAAAUUGUGCAACAUUUUUCCUAGACAUUUUUAGAUUUUUUCACUUAAUGUACAUCUUGAUUAUGGCACAACUGUGAUGUAUGACAAUUGCAAGGGGCUUACUGGGUAGUGUUUAAAAAGCUUGUUUUGUUUGUUAGUUAUGUUACAAGAUGUAUAGAUUUCUUAUAUCUUGAAUGUGAUUUUACAAAAAUAGAUUUUUAUUAUUACUGCAAGAUUAAUAUAAUGCUAUUUAUACAUAAUUUGCU